GGUAUACGCAUGCGCGUGAUGUGGGCACAACAUGGUAUGUCCGCCUGUCUGGUACCCUGCGCUGUGCACGCUGCUGCCAUCGUCAGAGAGAGGAAGACACACACACUGACCGACCUAAUCCACAAAACCUGGAGACAGCUGCUGAUCACCGGUCUCCCUGGGGUCCAGCCUGUUCUGUGUGCCCGACCAGACACUCCUCCACCUCCGGCCUACGCCUUCUCCUCUCCCCCCUGUGAGCAGCCAUGCCUCCCCCUCUGGGUCCCGCUGGGGGGUACGCCCCACCCGAGGGCGGCUGGGGCUGGGCGGUGGUGGCGGGGGCCUUCAUCUCCAUCGGCUUCUCCUACGCCUUCCCCAAGUCCAUCACCGUCUUCUUCAAGGAGAUCGAGCAGAUCUUCGACGCCACUCCCAGCCAGGUGUCCUGGAUCUCCUCCAUCAUGCUGGCCGUCAUGUACGCCGGAGGUCCAAUCAGCAGUAUCCUGGUGAAUAAGUUUGGCAGCCGACCAAUCAUCAUGCUGGGCGGGUGUCUGGCGGGGGCGGGGCUGAUCACCGCCUCCUUCUGCAACACAGUGGGCCAGCUCUACUUCUUCAUCGGCGUGAUCGGAGGCUUGGGCCUGGCCUUCAACCUCAACCCGGCCCUCACUAUGAUCGGGAAGUACUUCUUCAAGCGGCGGCCCAUCGCCAACGGCAUCGCCAUGGCGGGCAGCCCGGUCUUCCUGUCCACCCUGGCCCCCCUCAACUCCUGGCUCUUCGACCAGUUCGGCUGGAGGGGCAGCUUCCUGAUCCUCGGGGGGCUCCUGUUCAACUGCUGCGUGGCGGGCUCCCUGAUGCGGCCCCUGGGACCCCCCCUGCCGCCGCCGCCCAGCCCGGAGCCGCUGCCGGGCAAGGAGGGGCAGGCGGCGCCGAAGAAGACGGUGCUGCAGACCGUCAACUCCUUCAUCGACCUCACCCUGUUCCAGCACCGCGGCUUCCUGCUCUACCUCAUGGGCAACGUGGUGAUGUUCUUCGGCCUGUUCGCGCCCCUCGUCUUCCUCACCAACUUCGCCAAGAGCAAGGACAUCAGCAAGGAGCGCGCGGCCUUGCUGCUGUCGGUGAUGGGCUUCGUGGACAUGUUCGCGAGGCCCUCCAUGGGGCUGCUGGCCAACACGCGCUGGGUGCGGCCCCGGAUCCAGUACUUCUUUGCGGCGGCGGUGCUCUACAACGGGAUUUGCCACCUGCUGGCGCCGCUGUCCGUGGACUACACCGGCUUCGUGGUGUACGCCAUCUUCUUCGGCUUUGCGUUCGGCUGGCUGAGCUCGGUGCUGUUCGAGACCCUGAUGGACCUGGUGGGCGCCCAGCGCUUCUCCUCCGCCGUGGGCCUGGUCACCAUCGUUGAGUGUGCCCCCGUGCUGCUCGGACCACCGCUCACAGGCAGCUUCUACAGCUACUACCAGUCCUACGACUACACCUACAUCACGUCGGGGGCCAUCCUGGUGGUGGCCAGCGUGUUCCUCUUCCUGGGCAUGGGCCUCAACUACCACCUGCUGGCCAAGGAGAAGAGGCAGGAGGAGAGGGAGGCCCGCGAUCAGCCCCCGGAGGAGCGCACCGCCAUGCUGGCUCCGCCCGCGGACCCCCAGGCGGACCCCCAGGAGAGCGACGCGCCUCCGGCCGUCCCUCUGGACGAAGUGGCCAGGGUGGACGAGGACACUGUGCUAUGAGCACACACACACACACACACACACACACAUACAUACACACAUACUCAGGCGAGCACACACACACACACUCACACUCACACUCACACUCACAUACACACACACUCAUCACUCACUCACUCAGGCCAGCACACGCACACAACACACUCACUCACUCAGGCGAGCACACACAAACACAAAUGUACUCACUCACUCAGGCCAGCGCACACACAGACAAAGACACACACACACAAACAUGCACCGUCGAUCAGGUUAGAUGUUUGGUGAGAUCGUGCGCGAUCUCGAGGUGUUGACCAUUCUCUAAACUCUGUCUAGCAAUACACACACAACCCCACCGACACGCACACUCACUAGGAAGUUCUCUCUAGCAGGAACAUCUGUGUUAAUGUGCUGAUAGCUGAGCUGUAAACCUAGACUCAGUCCGUCAGUCUGUCCCGGAGCAGAAGACCUGACCGCUCAGGGGAUCCAACGGACUCCACAGGCUCUGGAGCGGCUGUUAUUGUCUGAGGUCUCACACACACACACGCGCACACACACACACACAGCAUCGUGUUAAUAGAGAGUCAGUAGUGAUGCAGUGGUUGACUGAUGGUACUGGAAGAGGCACUGUCGGCUAACACGUGUUAGCUAUCCAGUGUUAGCUAACCCGUUUUAGCUGUUCAGUGAGAGCUAACACGUGGCCUGAAUUGCCUUCAGACACAGGGAUUUGGACUGGGUAUCAUAUAGUCAUGGAGUUUUUUAGGUUGGCCUUUAGCAGUGUUUGUAAUAACUCCGUUUAAAAGAACGGCGUUAGGUAACGUCGUAAUUUAACUAAUUACCGUUUCCCUCGUUACAACGCCGUUACCGUUACUGUACGUUAAAUGGGGUGCGUCGUUACUAUGAAUUGAUUGAAUAAACUGCGUAAUCCGAACGCACCCCUGGCUCCAAACACAAACUGCUAGUGAGGAGACCGGGUGGGUUAACAACGAGAUAAGCGAUUACGAUUGGCUAAGGCGAGGUAGCCAAUCUGAGCCAGUGUUUUUACACACAAGCCAGGACACGCGCGCCACACGCACGCCAAACAGAUUCGAUGAAGCAGCAGAAAUGGCGAGUCCGGAGCAAUCCGAUGAAAAGUUGGCAUUUUCUUUAGUAUUCGGCAGAUGUUCCACAGCCUUUGCAAACAAGUAAAUUAAAAUGCAGUUGGAAGUAUAUCAGGGCCUUGAAUGGGCGGUUCAACCAUUUAACACAUUAAGGCCAAGUGAAAACUGCUCAGAAAAUCCAAAUUCUUUGACAUAUAGCAACUUUCUAUUUUACAGUAACGCAAAUAGUUACUUUCCCUGGCAACUAGUUACUUUUAUUAUACUGUAGAGUAAUUCAGUUACUAACUCAGUUACUUUUUGGAACAAGUAGUGAGUAACUAUAAGUAAUUACUUUUUUUAAAGUAAGGUUCCCAACACUGGCCUUUAGUUUGGAGACGCCACUCGCAGGCUUUGCACCAUUGCCUGCAGCGGAGUGAGGAGGAGAGUGGGACAGUGUGAGGUGGUUCAGUGCAGUCAAUACGCUGAUUAAGCUGACCUCUGUUUCCUCCUGUUGUCGGUGCCGACACGCCCCUACACUGUUGUUUUGAGACUUAACAGUAGAGGACCUCCCUUGGCCUAAAGGAAUGAGUUUCCAGACAGAACAGAUGAGCCAACAAUAAAUAAACCCUGGCGAUUUUAACAUUUCUAAAAUGAGGAAACAAAUUUAUAUUUGUCACACAAAGUAGUGUUUUGACAUGUACUGAAGUAUCAAUUGCUUAAAAAGCAGUUGGUUUGUGUUGCACACAGAAGCAAGCCGAACCCUGUGAAGCCCUGAGACAGGACAGAAACAAACUCUGUGCCUGAGGAGGCGAACCUUCAUUUAGACUUCGUUUUUUAAUUCAACCAUAUCCACGUGUGUCAAUAAACCUUAAUAGCCACAGUGCCAAAUGAACACUGUACACUAAACUAUUACCCUCAGUAAUACCACAUAGCACUCAUAACCAUGUUUUAAGUAGUGCUGUAUUUUUAAUAACCGCUUUUGUUUUACUUCAAAAGCUUUUUAUCAAUUUAGACCCACUGUAAAAUGAUAAUCGGACAAAUCAUAGUGUUAUACAUAAAACAUAACCCGUAAUAUCUAAAGUGCAAGAUCCGGUUUCAACAUGAAUAAUUAGUAUGAAGUGCUGUAGUACUAUACUGUAGUGCUAUAAAUAAACGUUUAGCUUUUUAGAAUGAAACACUUCUGUGCUUUGGUCAACCAUCAGAAAUGACAGAUUGAACCACUAUUCUGGUGUAAUCAUGUCUAUUGAAAUGACAAGCAUGUUUGUUUACUCAAAAAUGUAUAUUUUUUAAAUGUGUGCCACGUUAUUUUUGGAUAAGAAAUAUGAAUUUAAAUGAUUUCAAGUAUUUUUUUAUAGUUCAUGAAUUUCAGACAAAGUGUGAUUCCCUCUCCCCUUUUUUUUUUUUUAUUGUUCUGCUCUUUAAUAUCAUAGAAUUUUUGUAACUCAAUAACGUUGGUUGUUUUAUAAAUGACUAAAAGUAAAGUUAGGGCCCCCUGACUGCCAGAAGUAAAUCCCAUACAGAAUAUCCUCUGGAACUCUGCUGUGUAAUGAGACGACUGGAAGUCGUCUCUGAGCAGUUCACUCUGGAUCGAUGGCCCAAAAUACACUGCAGAGGGUAGACUCCUGGAGUCUCCAUCUUCAUACGAUUCUCGUUCUUGAGCUUGCCAAACAAUAUUGAUGCAAAAACGACAUGCAUUGAGUUGUUAUGUCUUUUUAUUAGUGUAUGUUUUGUUGCCAUUCAGAUAGCUGGGAUAUCAAGGGAUACAUCUUAGGAUAUAACCAUGAAGAUAACUGUUUGACAGCUUUUUCUACGCUAUGAAAAAGGGUACUUUGCUGCAGCAACUUUUUGUUUUGUUUCCAAAAGAACAAAUAGGAUAAUGUGGAAUUGAGUUCCUCUUCUAUUGGAUGUGUUUGAGCUGUAUUGGAUGUAUGUGUAAGGUUUUGUUUGUAUGACUUUGAGAUGAUGAAUGAGAGAACGAUUAAACCCUUUUGUAAGGCA